CCCUCCAGACGGGUUCAAGCGGCAGCACUCCUAAGAUGUAAACAAGGCCUCGCACUCCGACCGUGAAGAGGGUGAGAAGGUUCUCGCGCUCAACGCGGGUGGUGAUAGAGGAGAAAGCAGCCAAAGGAAGAGCGGGAGGCAUUUUAUUGGCCGACUAAAACUACCCCGAGGAGGGGGUGAGUGGUCUAAAGGGGGGAAACAGCCCGAGGGCGCCCUAAAAUAAAAACAAAAACAACGCGGACAAGAAGGGGCAGCCGGGAAAGCCCCCCCCCCAAUAUGGCGCGCGCUGAUUGGAGGAGCGUGGCCCGAGGGCGUCUCCCAUUGGCGAAUUGCUGGCCACGUUCUAAACAACUUGGUUUUCGAUUCGUUGAGGGGGUUGUGCUGUUGAACGUAGGUGAAAGGUUAGAGAGGGGGCAGUUGCCCCCGAGAGGCCCCCCCCAGGAAUGGGGGUUGUUUGCUUAGGGGAGCCCGUCAGCCUUGAAUGCUGGGAUUUGAACACGGGUAUGGCAGGGUGGGGCGUGGGGGGCAGAACAGGGACCCUCCUGAAGUCACUCCCAAAGCGCUAGUCCUUAUUAAGAAAGAGACUAGGAUAGGCUUGGAGGAAGGCCGCCCUGUCUCCUCCUCCUCCUCUUUCACAACCAUCUCCUUUCUGAACGCCAGGAGGGGCAGUGUGAGUGUUGGGCCAAGCUGGAGAAUGUCCUAAGCUAUGGGCUCCCGCAGCAGUAGCAACGCUGGCUCAGGGGGCCGGGAGAACCAAGGCAGCUGGUCUCGGAGGGACUCUGGCAUCCUGCGGAGCGAAGACGAGGACGAGGAUGUGGAUCUGGCCCAGGUACUGGCAUAUCUACUGCGCAGAGGACAGUUUCACCUCAUGCAGGGAGGGGGGACAGCCAGUGCCCGGGUGUUCCAGGCUGUUUCGGAUUCCGACGACGAUACUGACAGCGCUUGGGAAGGACGUUUAGGAGAUCAGUACAAACCCCCAGUGGAUUUGGCACCAGACACUCGGGAUCUGGAGCACAACGAGAUUAAAACGCGCAUCCAGUUAGCAACAGGGCGACUCAGGCCAGGGAGACCCGACCGGAGCAUCCCAAAGCUACUGGGACAGAGGGAACGAGGUCUUUGCCAUAACAGCAGUUUCUCAGCAGGGGAAUGUUCUCAGAUCGUAUCACACUUCCUUCCUAAUCACCUGACCGUCAAGGACACCUAUUUGCAGAAAGCCUUCUGCGGCAUCUAUUCCCGUGAUGGACAACUUUUUAUGUCUGCUUGUCAAGACCAGCGAAUCCGCUUAUAUGACUGCGCCUAUGGAGCCUUCCGGAACUUCCGGACUGUCAAAGCCCGAGACGUCGGCUGGAGCGUGCUGGACGUAGCCUUCACUCCUGACAGGACCCACUUCCUCUACUCCAGCUGGUCGGACUACAUUCACAUCUGCAACAUCUACGGGGAGAGCGAGACCCAGACCGCCUUGGACUUGAGGCCCGACGAACGCCGUUUUGCCGUAUUUUCCCUGGCGGUCUCCUCGGAUGGGAGGGAGGUGCUCGGCGGGGCCAACUACGGCUGUGUCUACGUGUUUGACAUGGAGCAGAAUAAGCGGACGCUUAAGAUCGAGGCGCACGAGGACGACGUGAAUGCCGUGGCUUUUGCAGACAACAGUUCCCACAUCGUCUUCUCCGGAGGUGAUGACGCCAUCUGCAAGGUGUGGGACCGGCGCACCAUGCGGGAGGACGACCCCCAGCCUGUGGGGAUCUUGGCAGGGCACCAGGAUGGCAUUACCUUCAUCGACAGCAAGGGAGACGCUCGGUACCUCAUCUCCAACUCCAAGGACCAGACCAUUAAGCUGUGGGACAUGCGCAAAUUCUCGGGCCAGGAGGGCCUCGAAGCAUCCCGGCACGCUGUCACUCAGCAGAUCUGGGAUUAUCGCUGGCAACAGGUGCCCAAAAAAGCCCGACGUAAAUCAAAACUUCCAGGUGACACUUCUCUCAUGACCUACCGGGGCCACGGAGUCCUGCACACCCUAAUCCGCUGCCGGUUCUCCCCGCCUCACAGCACGGGACAGCAGUACAUUUACAGCGGCUGCUCCACAGGGCGGGUGGUAGUCUACGAUCUCCUGAGCGGCCUCAUUGUGAAGAAACUGGUCAAUCACCAAGCCUGCGUGCGGGAUGUGAGUUGGCAUCCGUAUGAGGAGAAGAUUGUUAGUAGCUCGUGGGAUGGAAAUGUGUGUCUCUGGGAGUAUCACCAAGCAGAGCACAACGAAGACGAUCUCGGUGACCCCCAGCAGCUCCCAACAGCCUGAGAAAAGCACCCCCAGCUGGCCGCCCCCCCCACACCAGUAGCCUCCCUCCCCCCGCCAGUUCUCCAGUUUGAGGCUCGUUCAGGGCUGAGAGCAAGAGGGGGGAAAUAUCUUCUUGCGUUGCCAAUCGUUUGGGGGGGGGGAGCGGGGUUGCCGCAGCGGGAAGACUUCCACCUUCUCAGAUGAACCGAUCUUCUGUCUCCGAAACCUCCGGUGUCAUCGGCUUGAGGAUACGGAUAACCAUCCUGCUGGUUGGAUCCUAAGGACAGCUACAAAAACCACGCAGGG